CGUCGCGAUCGUGAAUAGUAGAAAUGGCGGGAUUUAAUCGUUUUCUCGUGGUCUGUUUCGUCAAUUUCCGAAUAAAGUGACAUGAUUACUGUACACGUUUAGAGUUAAUAAAGUUAAAGUGUUAAUAACGAUCGUGGUGAAAAGGUGCAUCGAAGUCGAACUAGCUGAUGCUGCAAGAAGGUAUUCUGUGAAUAUAUAAGCCAACGCGACAGGUUUUCUGUAAUCAGCGUGUUCCAACGACGACAACUCCCUAACCUUCCAUUCGCCCACGUUGGCAGAUUCGCAAGUAACGCAAACACGCGAAGGGAUGAAUUAUAAGCAUAUUGCAGGAAUAUUAUCCAAGGAAAUAAACGAAGAAAAAAGGAUCAAGAACAACGAGAUAAUUCCAACUUCCAGUAUCCUCUUACAACCGACUUCCGUUUCUCCAUGAAACCCGAUCGGCGCCGGUUACUUAUAACACCGGAAAAACGCUAAUCCCGAGACAGAGAGCAUCCGGUUAACGAGGCAACGCCUGGCCAGAGAUGGGAAAAAAAAGAAAUAAUCAACCACCACCUGUGCCAAUACCUGGUCGUGUAAAGGUAGAAAUAAAAGAUGAACUAGGAGAUAGUGAUGUACUUGUUGCAAGAGAUCGUUUAAAAGGAGCUCUUAGAGAAUUAUUACAACAUAGUGAUACAGGAUCAUCAGCAGAUUCAAGUGAAGAGAGUUCUACACAAGAUUAUAAACAUCAAAUAAAAAAAAUUGAUAACAUAUAUAGAACAAAAUCAAUGGGUUUUCAACAACCACGUAAAGUAAGACGUCGUAGACAAGUGCAAAUGGAUACUGCAUUUCAUCAUACAUAUGUAAUGAAAUUAUUUGAUAGAAGUGUUGAUUUAGCACAAUUUCAAGAAGAUACACCACUUUAUCCUAUAUGUAGAGCAUGGAUGGCAAAUCAACCAAGAAAUCCUAAUCUUGUUCCAAAAAUACGUAGUCCGAGUCCAGAGAUAUUAAAUGAAGUUAAUAUAAGUAAUAAUAUAUUAGAUAGUAAUGGAGAAGUUCGUGAUGUUUAUUAUUUGCCACCUCCAUUACCUUGUGAAGAAGCUAUACCUAGAAAUCGUAUACCUUCACCAAUAAUUAGAGAAAAAGAGGAAUUGAAUUUAGAUUAUGACGGACAAACUCUAAAAUCACGAGAAAUGUUAUUAAGAGAACACAGAGUACAUUGGAAUGCUGUGCGCAAAAAAUGGUAUCAACAAGCAUAUAAGAAUGAACAACGUUUCACACAAAGUGCAAAUAUAUUAAAUACUAUAUUUAAGAGGGCACAAUCAGAAUUUGAAUGAAUUAUUAUCUGACAAAUUAAUUACUAUCAUCUAUUAGUAAUAAAUAUAAUUUUUGCUUAUGUUAUAUAAAUAUUUUUUUUCACACUUUUUCUACAUAUUUUAUUUUGUACACAUACUUAUACUUGUUAUAUACUACUUGUAGAAAUAUACCUUUUUAUUACAAUAUUAAUAAUAUACUACAAUUACAUUUCA